AUGCAGUUCAAGGCUCUCAUUGUCUCCCUCCUCGCCGUCGCGGCGCAAGCGGCGCCCGCCUCGCCCAACGAGGAGCGCUCCGCCAUUGAGAAGCGCGCGACAACCUGUGGCAGCACCUACUACACGACGGCGCAGGUCAACGCCGCCGCCAACGCCGCAUGCCAGCACGUCCGCGCCGGCACCCAGGCGGGCUCCUCCAACUACCCCCACCGCUACAACAACUACGAGGGCUUCAACUUCAAGGCGUCCGGCCCCUGGCAGGAGUUCCCCCUGAGGUCCAGCGGUGUCUACACCGGAGGUGAGCCAAGAUGCCCCCCCCCCCCCCCCCCCCCCCAUCCGCGUAUAUGUAAAAAAAAUAAAGGGACAUAG